UUUUUUAUACCUUUAGCUUGAUGGAGGAAUUCAUUUUAAGGAGAAUAUAGAAUUAUAUUUUCCUUCUUUAAAAAAAUCUGCGCAAAAGAAGAGAUGUAAUAGGGCAAUUUGUGAUUUGCCAGAAAAGGUCAAAAGCUGUCGCUAAAAAACUACUUUUUUUAAUAAGAAACUGAAAUGCGGUUAUUAUGCUUUCUGGUGACGGUAUUUAUGUUAUUGCAAGUAAUAUUCAGCAACGACAUUCCAAAAAAUGACGAACUUGGUGCAAACUCAUCAUACGAUCCUGACCUAAAUCGAAAUGUGUCUGAAUUGAUUUCUACAAAAGGCUAUCCUGUUGAAAAUCACAUUGUUCAAACAGAAGACGGUUUUUUACUCUCAGUGCAGAGAAUACCAUACGGACUAUUGAAUAAAAAAGCUGGUAAUAGGAAACCAGUUCUCUUACAGCAUGGAUUUUUAGGAUCUUCUUCAGACUGGGUAAUUAAUUUUCCCCAUCAGAGUUUAGGUUUCAUACUGGCAGAUUCUGGUUACGACGUUUGGCUUGGGAAUACAAGGGGUAAUACCUAUUCCAGAAAUCAUAUUUCUCUAGAUCCCAAUUGCACUGAUUUUUGGAGAUUCAGUUUUGACGAAAUGGCCGAAUUCGACUUACCAGCCAUGAUAGACUAUAUUCUAGACGAAACUAAAGCAAAGAGCCUGUCUUACAUUGGACACUCACAGGGAACAACAGUGGCAUUUGCUCUUUUGUCCGAAAAACCUAUUUAUAAUGAGAAGAUAAAUUUGUUCGUGGCAUUGGCUCCAGAAGUUGAAGUUAGUCAUGGUAAAGGCGUACUAUCAUUGAAAGUUGCAAAAUAUAACGAAUAUAUGGAGGGCCUUUUCAAGAUGUUUGGAAUAAAUGAAGUAUUUCCAAAUGGUCCUGUUAUGAAGUCUGUAACUAAUUUGUUUUGCAACUCGAAUGUAUUUAAUCUUUGCGAAAAUUUUGUGUUUACAUUAUCUGGAAUUGAUCGAGAGCAGUUUAAUAAGACAAGAUUGCCAGUGUACAUGGCACAUUAUCCAAAUGGCGCGUCUACGAAAAAUUUCCUUCACUAUUUCCAAAUGGCAGUAUCACAAAAAUUCCGAAAAUAUGACCACAAAAGAGAAAAUAGGAAGCAUUAUAAACAAGAUACUCCUCCAGAAUAUGAUGUAUCGAAAAUAAAAACACCUACUGCUAUUUUUUGGGGAAUGAACGAUGCUCUACUGGAUCCAGAGGACAUCAGUAUUUUGGAAAAGAAGUUAAAGUCAUCAUUAAUUUACAGUUAUUGCAUCCCCUGGAAGGAUUUUAAUCACAUUGACUUCCUGAUUGCUAAAGAUGCUCGUGAACUUGUAUACGACCACAUAUUGAAUUUGUUGAGAAAUAUAAAUGCAGAUGGACGCAAACUAAAGCUAGAUAAUUUUUUCUCUAACCGAGAAUUAUGUCAAUGAAAUUGUUUUUAGAAAGAUUUCUAAAAGUAAAUAUUUGUAAAUUCGAACAUUUUCUUAAAUAAUAAAAACCAGCGAUCCUAACUUAUGCAGUUGGGAUAAACACUAUUGGAAAA